AUGUUGGAUGUUGAUGAAAUACCUGAAAAACCUAAUGUAAAUACUCUGGAUAGCGUCAUCUCGGGCUUAUUUGGAGGUUUAGCGGGUUUAGCAGUGGGUCAUCCGUUUGUCAAAGUAAGAUUGCAAUCUCGAGAGUUGGCUUCUAGAUAUAAAGGCACGUGGAACUGCUUUAUUACAACAAUCAAACAAGAAAAAUUUGUAGGUCUCUACAAGGGAAUGGCCUCUCCUGCCGUGGGUGUUGCUGGUGUAAAUGCCCUCGUCUUUGGGUCAUACACAUCUUUGAUGCAAUAUCAGCAAGAAUAUGAUAAGGACAGUUCAAGUUCAUCAGAGCAACUGCCACCUUUACGGCAUGUACUCUUUGCUGGAAUGGGUGCUGGUGUCAUUACAAGCUUUGUAACAUGUCCAAUGGAAUUAGUCAAAGUGCAAUUACAAAGCCAAACACAAGUAACUGCAAUAAAGGGCCCCAUUGAUUGUCUAAAAAACUUGUAUACAACAGGUGGAAUCCGGUACUGCUUUAAAGGCAUGCUACCCACAACGCUACGAGAGCUCAGCUUUGGACCUUACUUCCUCACCUAUGAAUUUAUUUGCAGAAUUAUGACCACAUCCGAUCCAAACAGCAUCAACAAUAGCACCUAUGAGCUGUCUGGUCCCAAAAUAAUUUUAGCAGGCGGAUCUGCUGGUAUUGUUGCCUGGUGCUCAACGUAUUUUGCAGAUGUUGUAAAAACACGUAUUCAAUCCGAACCUGAAAGAUACAAAGGCUUUAUAGACUGCAUAAAAAGCUCCUAUCGAAAUGAGGGAUGGCGCAUCUUUUUCAGAGGGCUUACACCAACAAUCUUAAGGGCCUUCCCUUCAAAUGCUGCGACUUUUGCUGCUUACACAUGGACAAUGAAAUUAUGCCAAUCCAGCCAAUUGACUGCAGUGAAACAACAACACAACAAGAAUGAUGCUAUUCUAUUGUAG